AUGUUUCUAAAAAAUGUUAUUCAACCCAAUGACAUUAGGAAUAUAAAUGAUUCGCGCGCAAGCUUGUUGGUAGAAAUCUUAGGAGAACAUAAGAAACUGGUGGCAUUCUUUUUUUUGCUUCAAAAUGUAGGGACUGGCGACAAAUUGUCAAAGGGUUUAAAAAUUAUCGAGGUGGAUGAGUUUCUGAAAACUAGAAGUUUGCUUUUUAAUUCGACAAAGGAAGGUUUCAAUCAAUUAACCCAAAAUGAACCUACUGGUCAACUGAUCGAUCACCACUUGUUCAAUGCGCGGAAACUAAGGCGUUUUUUAACCAGUCACCCCGACAUUGUAAAUAGUCUUUUGCCAGGACGUUUGUUUGAGAAUGGUGAAAAAUCUUACGAGACAAAUGACCUAGAGAAGCAACAGUGGCCUUGUUUACCACAUGAAUUGGACAUUUUAGCCCUUUUGGAUCAUUUACACAUUUCCAAUUCCAAUGAACUUCAUUACAGCAUCAAAGGACUCAAAAGUAUAGGAAAAAUAAUCAAAGAACGGCAGCUAAUUUGUCAAGAACUAAGAUCAAAUAUCGAAUUACUUAACGGAGGGUAUGAAACAAUUAGGCAGCAAAUAAAAAGUAAGGCUAAGGCUUUGGAUUCACAAAUCAGAGUUCUACAAGGCGAUUUCCCUAACAUAUACUUAUUCUCAAAUUCACCAAAAAAGCUUGAUCAGAAAGUGAAUUUUAAAAUGCUUAUUUUACAUAAAAUGACUUAUCUGAGGCUAUGCUCAUACACAAAUGAUUUUAAAAGAAAUGAUCUACUAGCCCUUCAUGGUGGUAAACUUACUUCAGCCUUAUUUUGUCGAAAACACCCUAAGCGUCACGAGUUUUAG